CUGAUUUCAUUUCUAAUAAUCGGUUUUCCCGUUUUUCCUCUUCUUCUUUCCCCACACUAUUCUGUUAAUUCAGAUCAAACUUGUUUAUCAUCGCAAUCUAGGGUUUUUCUUUUCUACUUUUACUUUCCUAAACUUCAUUUCUGUUCUGGGUUUCUUCUUCUCCUCCUCCUCCCGCCGUUUGAGCUUAAAUCCAUAAAUAUUAAUCACUAUAUAAAUUGUUCUAAAUUUUAGGUUUUUCAUCCUUUCCAAUAAGUUAACGAUGAUGCUCAGGAGUGGGAAACGUUUAAUCAGCUACGAUGAAGAACAGGACAAGAAUAACAUGGCAAAAUUUACUAAAAUCGAUGAUGAUUCUUCUAGUCCACACGUUCCUGAAGAACUGAUUAUCGAAAACAUUCUGAUCAGAUUACCAGCUCGGGAUCUCUCCAUAUGCAGCUGCGUGUGUAAGUCAUGGUACAAUUCAAUUCUUAAAGAUCCAAGAUUUGCUUCCUCUCAUUUUGUUCAAAAUAAAAACAGAUUAAACCUAGUCUUCAGUCUCCUGAAUGCAGUUAUAAAAAAGUGGGAUCAGGCUUACUUUUUUAGUUUAGACGAAGAAGAAAAGGAUAAAGAUGACAAAUUUCUUCUUAAUAUUAACGGCCGUAUCCUACUUAGGCGCAAAUGAAAUAGUAGGUUGUUGUAAUGGUUUAGUUUGUAUGAAAAGAGCGAGUAGCAGUACUCAUGGUAGAGGUGUUAUUAGUGUUGUUAACCCUACCAGAGGUGAAACAUUUGGCCUUACCUAUUUAACUCCUACCAGUACCGGAGGAGGACUCUGCAUAUAUUUGUGUCAUGGUUUUGGUUUGGAUUCAUUUUCAGAAGAAUAUAAGGCUGUGAUUAUUUAUCCUACUACAACUUCAACACUAUCCGGUGAUCAGGAGUUUGUUUGCCUGGUCCUUACAAUGGGAGGAACUUAUGCACGGAGAAAGAUAGUUAUUGGUGCUGUUCAAAUUUCACCACCACCAGGUUCUUCCUCUCCUUUCCCAAGUCCAAUGGUAACAAUAACAUCCAGAGGUACAGCCGCCACCCUUUACGGGGGUUACCUUGUUUGGCGGAUAACUAAUACUACACCUAGCAACAAUGAUAAGAUCGAUAUGCUGCUCUCGUUUGACAUCCACAACGAGAAGAUUCACUUCAUUCGUCUACCAACUGAAUGUAGUCCGACCCCGACGACGACAGUGGGAGAUGAUGACCAAUGUUUAAUAGUUGAUCACCAUCUUCUGGAGUUUAAAGGGUAUCUUUGUGUUGCACGCUCUGAGAAGAUAAUGAUACGCUACAACAGUCAUUAUCUGUGUCAUGGUCAGAGUAGAAGCUCUUGUUGUGGUGGUUUUAAGGUUCAUCUGUUUAUAUUGAAGGACAAGGUCAACCAAGUAUGGAUCAAGGGGGAGACUUUCGAUCUUCAAAUUAAGGAGGAAGACUUACUACCAGAUCCCAUAAGUUGUUAUUUUGAUACUACUAACACUACUAGUACUACCCCGCCUACCCGUAUACUGAGUUUCUCUGAUCAGCUGUUAUUGUAUUGGUUCGACGGGGAUUAUCUAUUACUCUACAAUCUGCAAUUGAAACAGCUCAAGGUGGUGAAAUGCUCCGGCUCAAGUAAUGAGCAAAAUCGUGAUAUUUUUGAAACUAAGAUGAAAAAAGGGAUCCGCCGAGGACGUCAUAUUGGUGAUGAUGAUAAUAUUAAUUCCCCGUACAUGGAUUAUCAGCUGCAGGCCCAAGCGGAGAACAUCCUUUCUCUGAAAACCUUCAUUCCUGAAGGAGAAACUACUAAAUUUAAUACUUUCAAUGAUUUUCGACAGUCUCUCGAAAACGGAGGAAAAGUACCUGCAGGUUGGCAACACUCAGUCAUUUUGUUUUCGCAUUCUGAUAGUUCAUUCAAUUUGAUGGUGAUUGAGGGUGAUGUUUUGGGGCCACUAUUCAGUUCGAUAGAGCUAUUGAGUCGGAUCCUCGCCAGAAGACAUGUAAGGUAUGAUGGACCAGAGCAGUUUUGCCUAGAUGUUGCACAAAAUCCUAACGACACAGGAGUCUGUAUGGUGUUUCCUUUGUGAAGGUCAAUUUUGUGGAGAAGAUGAACCAAGAAAGAAAUUCUUAGAGAUAUGCUUGCACUCAAAGCAGAGAUUGAGAAUAUGAAACAGAAAUUGUAACGUGUAAGGUCUGGAAUUGAAUAUGAGAAGAAGAACAUGCACAAAACUUUGAGCAUGGCCAGGCAAUGAAACAGAAUUUGAUUGUAAUAUCUCGAGAGGUAGAAAAGUUAACAACGGAGCUGGCUGAUGCUGAAAAGAGAGCACGAGCUUCUGCUGUUGUUGGUAACGCAGGUUGUCAAGCUUAAGAAUAUCUAACUAGAAAACUCCCUCAAAACUCAAUAGGAUGGAACUCCUAUGUGUUUGUGGUUGUUUUCCAAGUCUUUAGUGCAAUCAGGGUUUGCACAAAUUUGGUGAAUCCACCUAAAAGCAUACGAGUGGUCUUGACCAGACCGAGCAUUCUAAUAGUUCCAACAUCACCCUUUUGUCAAUAUGGAUUAAAAGCUGUAUAUUGAAACAGACUACUGAGCAUCAUUUUUCUUUUUGCAGAAUAUUUGCACUACUGAUGAAAAAUCGCACUAUCAAGGUCACCACCUUAAAUACCAAGUGGAGUGUGUUCAAAAGACAUUAUGGCUUCAUAAAACUAACCACACCUUCUUUUAGAGUACAAAAAGAGCAGCGAUGGCGACAUUUAUGACAAGACAUCGUGGCUUGCAUAUGUGACAGUUGCCCAGCCACUACCAUGGCUGCUUGAUAUAUGUAGUUUUGAUAAAAGUGAAUAAUGAUGUAAUAAAUCAAAACAAAACAAAAAAUGAAAAUACUAAAAGCACCCCUUUGUUAGAGUUAUUCCCUCCCACCAACAGUAUCCAAUCCUAUAUCCCGGGGAAGAUUCUAAUGUCAUAAAUUCGGUUUAUCCCAAUCAAUCCGUAUAAGUAAUUUACUCUUAUUCUUCUUCUUGUUGAAUAAAUUAUUCGACUUCGUUUUGUAUUUGUCUAUCUUUCGAUAAUACCCACGAGAAGAACAUAACAAGAAAACACUUUCAACUUGAGUGUUCUUUUUUUGAUCAGUUUCAACUUGACUGGUUGGUGAAGUUCAAUCAUUGAUAUUGGUGCAAAUUUUGAUUGUGAUGAAGUCCCACGGAUUCAUUUUUUUGUUAAUUGUUACUCUUGGUUCUAUGAGCUUUGGAGAAGCAGAGAAAAGAACACUUGGAGAUCAGCCACUUUCAAAAAUUGCUAUUCAUAAGGCAGUAGUUGCUCUUCACAGUUCAGCUUAUGUUAAAGCUUCUCCUUCUAUUCUUGGAUCAAGGGGAGAGAAUACUGAAUGGGUGACUGUUCAGUUUAGCUCACCAAACCCUUCAAAUGAUGAUUGGAUUGGAGUCUUUUCUCCGGCUAAUUUCAGUGCUGCCACUUGUUCACCUGAAAAUACUAGAGUGAAUCCUCCAUUUCUGUGCACAUCACCUAUUAAGUACCAAUUUGCGAAUUACUCCAGCCCAGACUACAAGAAAAGUGGGUCUGGAAAAUUGAAAUUACAAUUGAUCAACCAAAGGGGAGACUUUUCAUUUGCACUUUUUUCAGGUGGCCUCACUAAUCCAAAGUUGAUCGCAGUCUCAAAUGAAGUAGCUUUUCAGAAUCCAAAUGCACCUGUUUACCCACGUUUGGCCCAAGGGAAAGCUUGGAAUGAAAUGACUGUAACUUGGACAAGUGGAUAUGGGAUUAACAAAGCAGAACCAUUUGUUGAAUGGGGUCGACAAGGAGGAGAGAAGAUGCGUACUCCCGCUGGAACAUUGACAUUCAGUCGUAAAAGCAUGUGUGGUGCACCAGCAAGAACUGUUGGGUGGCGGGAUCCUGGUUUCAUACACACAAGUUUUCUGAAGGAACUGUGGCCCAACUCAGUGUAUUCAUACAAGCUGGGGCAUAAGUUGCUCAAUGGUACUUUUGUUUGGAGUCAGGAAUAUAAAUUCAGGGCAUCUCCUUAUCCUGGUCAGGACUCAGUACAGCGUGUCGUUAUUUUUGGCGAUAUGGGAAAGGCUGAAGCUGAUGGAUCAAAUGAAUAUAACAAUUAUCAGCCUGGUUCACUUAAUAACACCAGAGAGAUUAUUCGGGACCUUAAUAAUACAGAUAUAGUUUUUCAUAUUGGAGAUAUAUGUUAUGCAAACGGUUACCUUUCACAGUGGGAUCAGUUUACGUCACAGGUGGAGCCUAUUACCUCGGUUGUUCCUUACAUGGUCGCAAGUGGAAACCACGAAAGAGAUUGGCCCGGAACAGGGUCCUUCUAUGGGAAUACAGAUUCAGGUGGUGAAUGUGGUGUGCCAGCUGAAACCAUGUAUUACGUUCCUGCAGAUAACAGAGCUAAGUACUGGUAUUCAACGGAUUAUGGAAUGUUUAAGUUCUGCAUAGCUGAUACAGAACAUGAUUGGAGAGAGGGUACAGAGCAAUACAAGUUCAUUGAAGAGUGCUUCGCAUCAGCUGAUAGACAAAAACAACCAUGGCUGAUCUUUCUAGCACAUAGAGUUCUUGGUUAUUCUUCCGGUUCAUGGUAUGCCGAGCAAGGAUCAUUUGAAGAACCAAUGGGAAGAGAGAGUCUCCAAAAACUCUGGCAGAAGUACAAAGUCGAUAUAGCAGUGUAUGGCCAUGUACACAACUACGAAAGGACAUGUCCUGUGUACGAGAAUAUAUGCACCACUAAUGAGAGGUCACACUAUCAGGGUCCUUUGAACGGAACCAUUCACGUCGUUGCUGGUGGUGGAGGUGCUGGACUCGCGAAAUUCACAACCCUAAAGACCAGGUGGAGUUUGUUCCAAGAUUAUGAUUUUGGCUUCUUAAAACUAACAGCUUUUGACCAUUCGAACCUUCUUUUCGAGUACAAAAAGAGCAGUGAUGGAAACGUCUACGAUUCUUUCACUAUAUCCCGAGAUUACCGAGACAUCUUGGCCUGCACAGUUGACAGUUGCCCAAGUAUGACAAUGGCCUCAUGAUAUAUGAAAUGAAGUGCUUUUGGAAUUCAUGGGUUUGUUCAAAUAGUAUAAGCACCUUAUUGUCAGAUUUAUUAUUCCCACACAGUAGAGCAAUAAUGAAUUAGAUAUCAUUUUCACUGCACAAAAUUGACUACUUUUUGAGCACUAAAUCUUUGAGAUCAAAGAUUACACUUGUGAAUAUGAUGUCAACAAUUAAGGCAGUCGUUUGAGCAAGUCACAUACAAACGUGUGAAUUCAAUUUCAACGCUCUAAUUUGUUUA